AUGGAGACUGUCUCCUACGUACCGAAGGACACGCCGUGGCCGCUGUUGACUGGCAGCCACUACAGCACUUCGCCGCCAUUGACGGGCCACUUCAGCACUUCGCCGUUGUUUGAAGACGCGCCUGGCUUUCCUCAACCUCCAGAACCGAAGAGAGAGAGGAAACCGGAAUCCCCAACGAUGAUGAGCAGUCCGCUGCCGGGCUUCUUCAAGCAGCUGGAGACACUUAAGGGAAAUGUUGGACGGCUGUCGCAGACUUACAGUGUCUCCGACUUCAACAGUCCGGCAACUCAUUCGCCUCGAACUUCAAUGACCGGGACGCUCACACGAUCAUCAACAACCUUCUCAUCAGCACCGAGCUCGCCACCGUCUUCUUUCGUCGCCGAGCUCGACUCCAGCCCACUCGAAGCUCGAAGCCUUUCUCAACCACCCGCCAGCAGAGCACCUAAACAGAAGUCCCCGCUAUCACGACGAAAGCGAGGCGAAUCGAUCUUCCGACAAGAGGAGUCACCCGAACAGAUUGCCGCUUUGUGGAAGCAAUACGUCGACUGCGUUCAGCCACUGCUCAAAUUUGUCGACACUUCAACCGUGCAACAUCUCUUUUACACCUAUGGCCGAGGAGCAAAAGCCGUCGCGCCGGAUGCUGAAGCCCUUCGGUCAGCAAUCUGCUUUGCUGCGGCUUCCAGCCUUCGCCGUCCUUCGAGCAACUCCUCUUAUCCGUGUCCUAUCUCUGACAGCCUGCUACAAACCCACGCUCAGGGUGUUGAAACCCAUCUCGCGGAGGCGAGAUUCAUGUCGGUCCCUACUGUUAUGACUUUGCAAGCCCUCACCAUCUACCUUACAUGCGGCCGGCAGUUCCUCGAGUCGACGUACAUUUGGUCUAUGACGGCUGUGCUCGUCCGUCUCGCCACAAAGCUCAAAUUGCACAAAGACCCAGAAACGCAAGGUCUACCUUUCGCCGACCGCGAGUACCGCCGCAGACUCUGGUGGCACAUUUGUACCCUGGACACUCUCACCGCGUCGGAGUCGAACUGCACCGAUCCUAUGAUCUACGAGCGGCAAUGUACCACACGUUUCCCGGAAUGGUCGACCGAUCCGAACUGCGCCACUUACCUACGGGAUAUGUUCUACUCCAUCGUGCGAUUUGAGAUCACAUACUACUCCCGGACGGUGCUCUUCUCAGACGAGUUUACUCAGGACAACACAUACCCUCUCCUGCCAACUUCAGGGAAGCUCUCCAUCAUCGACUCCCUCUCCCACAUCCUGGAAGAGAAAUACUUCCGCCGAUCUGUGGAUCAGUCGUCUUCAUCGUAUACCUUGACGGUCAUGUCGGCCAAGAUUUCCACCGCGGAGCUCAAACUCGCCGUGCUCAAAGCUCCCUACGAUGCGCCAUCCUCUUCUCCUUCCUCUUCCACCAGCUUGACAGCUCAAUGCCCGGCUUACAACCCCUCUGAGACCAGCCACCUACUCUCAGCUUGCGUCGACAUUCUCGAGGCACUCCGCUUUCUCCGCUCGGACCCAUCCCUCUCGCCGUUCUCCUGGCUAUGGCACUCGCCUGCCGAUUGGCGUAGCGCAGCAACAUGCCUCAUCGUGCUUGCAGCUCAUCAUCGCUCUGUCACGGCAUCCUCGUCCUCUGGCUCAUUCCUCGGGUAUUCUGCUUCAGUGACAUCUUCGGUCAACCGAGCUUGGCUCGCCAUCGACUCUUUCUUCGACGCGUGGAAGGACUCCCACCGUGAGCCAGCUAGGCAAGAAGAGUGGAUGCGACUGAACCACCUGAGGUCAGAAGCUGAGGAGGCCAAGACACAGGCCGCCGAAGCAACAAAGGAGCAUGAGAACAAGAAGACGCUAAGGAAGCUGGAGAAGAGGAGGCAGUCGGCGCCAUACACACCUUACUCUGAGACUCCGACUGAAGGUCUGGAGGAGCCAGUAAUCAGUGAAGCCGUCGCCGCACCCAUGCGCGUGUCUUCGCCGAUGCAAGUCACCAUCCCGAGCAAGGCAACCGACCGGAGAAGCAGUGAGGACAACAAGAAAGCCUACCGUCUCAGCUCCGCCAUGACGCCCAUGGUCGACUUCCGCAGGAGCGUCACAUGCCUUGACGUCCUGGCACCCAACGACAACAACACAAGCACGCCAAUAAAGCCCACUCCAAUCCGACCCAAACUGGAGCCCCGGCCAGCCACCAGCAGCGGCCAAAGCCACCGCCCCUCCCCACUAUCCACCUCCAUCCCACCCGUCCCUCACUCGACCACAAACCCGCCAACCCCUGCUACCGCCAACCGCGACUCCACCGCCUCCUCCGGCUCAGACACCACCCCUCCCCUCCCAAGAUCCUCCACCGGCCUCAGCGCAAUCGACACAACCCCCCGCAUAGUCAGCAACCCCUCCUCCCCCUUCGUCCCUUACCGCGCCUCCGCCGCCCCCAGCGUACCACCCAAAACGCCCACAACCCCCAAAACUGGUCCGAGAUACUACUCCGCCAGCGAGACAUCCCGGCGCGCAUCGAUGCCGAACAACGGUGCCAUGACGCUCGCGGAAGCACUCAACUCCACCAACCCGACGACGAAUCCCGCACCGGGUACGAUGGGUUUGACGACGACUGUGACGGCGGGGAGUUCGAAAGAUAACAACAACAACAGUAAUGACAGCAAAGAAAAAGAGAAGGAUAAAGACAGCAAGAAAGAAAAGAGAAAAUCGCGACGGCAUAGUAUUUGGCAGCCGUUUUUGCCGGCGGAGAAGAGUUUUUCGCUGUUGCCGCCGCCGAAGACGGGGACGGGUACGACGGCGAGGAAGGAUAAUGAGGAAUUGCAUUUUGGGGAGAAGGGGUGGGGUGGUUUCGAAUUUUGA